AUGGCGAAGCACACAUCGAACGCGCAAUGCACGGUUGACAGAUUCUGCUAUCAAUAUCUGCAGAUGGAACCGUCCUUAGACUAUCCCGACGGCAGCUUGUUGAAGGUUGCUCAAAUACAAGAAGAGAUCUUCGACCGUCUUUUUGUCGAUCAAUCGGCUCCAUCACCCAAAAUAGCCAGGUUCCAAUUAUGUACCUUGAAGGAGCUCGUCAGAAGAAUUCAGGAAAGCAUCAGUGAUGAAGAGACAGAUGAAGUUGCAGACAGGCUCAUGAAUCGCAUUGGAGAGCUCAUGUCUAUGCCACGAACAUCCGAGCUAGACGAAGCACAGCAGAGAUGCAUUGUUUCGUACCGACUAUCAUUGCUGCAAACGCCUGUCAUGAUUGAUAUUCUCGAAAAUCGAUCGCUCAUUGCUGCCAGCGGUACAACUGGCCUCCGUACGUGGGAAGCCGCUCUUCAUCUUGGACAGUACCUGUGCGUCAACAGCCAUCUCAUCCAAGGGAAUAGAGUACUCGAGCUCGGAGCAGGUACAGGAUACCUGUCCAUUGUUUGCGCAAAACAUCUCGGUGCUGCUCAUGUGACGGCUUCAGAUGGCUCAGAGAAGGUCAUUGACAACCUUACUGACAACUUGACCCUCAACGACAUUCAUUGGAGCUACAACGUUUCAGCUGAGUCCGCUGUUACUCCAAGGCUGCUAGAGUGGGGCCAUGCGUUGGUUGGCACCGAAGAAGCUGUGUGGAAUGGAGGUCGAGAGAUCGAUGUCAUCAUUGGUUCAGACAUUACCUAUGACCAAAGAGCCCAUACGCCCCUGAUUGCGACACUCAGAGACCUUCUCGACCUCUUCCCCAGUGCUGUCAUCAUCAUUGCGAUUAAACAAAGAAACGUGGCAACCCUGACGGCCUUUCAAGAAAGCUGUUCUCGUAACCAGCUCAAUGUGGAAACGUUAAAUUUCACCCUCAAAGAAGUUCACGACGUUUCACAAAGACAGGAGGUCUUGACUCCAUUCUAUAGCUCCUCCGCACCGAUAUGUAUUUUCCAUAUAUCGAGGACAGAAUAG